GUCUGGCAUAUAACCAAACAAAAUUGUCAUAUUUAUAAUGAUUUCCUACAUUGCUGAGGCUCAUUUUCACGGUCGUUUCCCAUUAGAAAACACUGAAGGCCAAGUUUUAUUUUUCUAUGGGAAUAAUUACAUAACAGGACUUCCUUGUUUCGUGAUAUCCGUUCGGGCCCACCAAUCCCCUUUACGACAUGACUGUUUAUAGUAAAUGCAAAGUGCUUUUCAAGAAGUAUCCUCUUUUACGAGGAAUGGCAUCUUAUAGUAUCAUCUGGCCUACAUCCAGCCUCAUACAACAAACGUUCGAGGGCAAGGAUUUAGAAAGCUAUGACUGGUGGAGGUGUGCUCGUUAUGGCUUGUACGGGUCUUGUUAUGUGGCACCUACACUCUACACUUGGUUGACGGUUGCUAGCAUAAUGUGGCCUGGAAAUACAAUAAGAGCUGGCAUUAUUAAGACAUUUGUUGAAACUAUCACAUACACACCAUGUGCAAUGUGUAGUUUUUAUUUUGGUAUGAGUCUUUUGGAAAUGAAGCCUCUGAAUGAAGCUAUCGCAGAAGUGCAGUCCAAAUUCUGGCCCACAUAUAAGGUCGGAGCAUCAGUUUGGCCCGCUGUAGCCAUGAUCAACUUCUGCCUCAUCCCCGCGAGGAACCGGGUGCCCUUCAUCAGUCUGUGCAGCCUGGUAUGGACUUGCUUCCUGGCCUAUAUGAAACAUUUAGAGAAGGAAAAGGUUCCUGAAAGUGUGAUGCCAUCAUCUACAAAACUCCUCAAACUUCAUAUAUAAAAGUUAUAAAAUAGCUUUAAUGUAAUAAGGAAUUUAAACCACCUGUGCCUUAAAAAGGUUGCAGCUAGAUCAAUUGUAGUUAAGCAUAAUGAUGAGUGUGAUAUAAUUUAUUGUUAAGAUUGUUAUGAAUACUAGUAUUAAUCUGUAUUUAUUACAAGUAUUAAUCUUUGUAUUAUUAAGAUACUAAGAAUGCACCAUUAUUGUUACAAAUGCAAUUGUUAAUACUAUAACAUGUUUAAGAUACUGUUAGGUAUCUGUGAUAUUUUUAUAUUAUUUAUUUUAGAGUUACAAAAAAUACUGGGAUCUGAUGUACAUUGUACCUACAUUUUAAAUGUAUAUACAUGUUUAACAUGUGUACUAGAGUACAUAUUAUUGUAGAAAAAAGGAUUUUUUUAUUGUGUUAUUAGUACCAAGUAGUAUUCGUGACCAAGCUAUUAAUUAUAAAAAACCGUUACAUCAUCACAAAAUGAAGGAAGGAAUUUUGUACAUACUACUAUAAUUAUAUUUUACGAUAAUUAUCAUGAAAGUUUGUAUUACGCCAUUUAUUAACUAGGAAAGAAUAUAUAUAGUAGACUUGGUGACCUUUGUCUCGUGACGGGUAGACAGCGCGGGCGCGUCUGACAAAAUCGACCGAUUUCGUUCAGCAAGUCACACAACACGUGGUUAAGACGAAGUAGUUGAGCUGCUUAAACUACACGUGUCUGCCGAUUCUGCCAGAUAUAAUGAGCGAAGAUUGGCAAGGUUACGCCACUUGCGCCUCAUAGUCUGAGGCCGAUGCCAACUUGUGAAUAAGCGGGUUUGGAACUGUUUGGAAGUUAUUUUUCAAUGUUAAAUUUAUAAAUAAAAUGUACAAGUACCUAUUUAA